AGAGAGAGAGAUUGAGUUGUGUGUGUGAGAGAACGCCGACGGGAGCGCGCAGCAACGGAGAGAGAAGACCCGUUUGAACGCGAGGAGAGAGAGAGAGAGUUUGAGUGCGAGUGGGUGUGAGAGAGAGAGAUCGAGAGUGAACGAGAGGAGAGAGAGCGACGACCGUGAGGGUCCGGGUGCCUGAGGGACGGACGACACGGAGAGGGGGAGGUCUGAGGGAGCGCGUUAUCGUCUGACAGAUCGAGACAGGUUGAAUGAAGCUGCACCUGGUGCUUCUGAGGGCAUUUCCCAUGUUUUGAUUUGCUCUGUUUUUUUAACUUUCUAAACUUGGUUUCACCGAGCUGUUCCCUGCCAUGCCGUCCAACAGUCCUGCUACUGGUGAACCACCCCAGACGCCAGAGAACGACACUUCUAACGAUGUGAGUGAAGAUGGUGCAGACCAGGACAGUCCAGAGGAGGGGACACCGGCGAGCCCCCGCAACAAGCGCAGAGUGGGUCGUCCCAGCAGGAAACGCAAACAGCUGCUUCCUGAGAUGGCAACCUCUGACCCCUGUGCAAACGCCCCCCCAACUCCGCCUGAGGAGCCGGCGCCUUCACCCUCCCCUCGCAAGAAGCGCGGGCGUCGGAAACAAGAGCCAGCGGAGAGGAAUAAGGACGAGCCAGAUGACAGAAACUGCGACUCCCCCAGAGAGGGAGAGACUGGAAGGCUGCGGAGAAGGCCAGUCCCCAGAGUAACUUUUCAGGCUGGAGAUCCAUACUAUAUCAGCAGGAGACAGAGAGAAGAAUGGCUCAGCCGCUGGAAGAUGGAGGCAGAGCGACGGGCCUACCGAGAGGCAGAGAUAAACAUGAUGGAUGACCUCUCAGAAGCUGACUUUCAGAAAGAGGAGGAGCCCGCCAGCCCUGCCCCUCCCCCUUCACAACAACACACAGACCCUGCCUCUCCGACGGUCGCCGUGACACCCGAGCCGGUCGCCAGGGGAGAACAGGCCACGCCCAGUGAGAUUGAAUACCAG